GUAUUUCGGACACUGAUGGCUAAGCCUAUGAUGCUUGCCUCUCGAGGAAAGAAAUCUCUCGUUGCAUUUCCAAACGCGGAAGAAUAUUUAAUAGAUCAAGAAAACCAAGAAUAUGCCAAAGGAACAAGUGGCAGACGUUCGUUUAGUUAUUCUUCAUAUUGGUUGCUGGCCGAUGUGAGAUCACCAGUUUAUGCCGUUACACUGAACGUGAGGCGAUGA